ACACCGGCUACUCCCAAAAAAGAGUCCGGCAACCCUGCAUAGACGUUUCUAGAAGGGUGUACCGCGUGCUGCGUUUAUCUCUGCGCGUGCUUCUAAGACCGCGUCCGUAUGUUUGUAUCGAAAGGCUUUGUUAUCUAUGGUUCGUAUCUUACUUUAUCUAAAUUGGAUAAUCUAAUCUGUAUGGUGUACCAAGUGUUAAGUGAUUCUGUGACAGAAUUUCUGUUCUUUGCAUUGUUAUUUAUUUUCUGUGUGCCGGCUAGUGGGUCUGCGAUUUUAAAAAAUCCAAACAUGGAAGAUUUGGACGAGCUUUACAAAUUUUUAAAAAGCAAUGGAUUUAUCGACUUGCUAGAGACAUGUCGUGCAAAUGGCGUCGAUAGCUUGGCCACAUUAAAAGAAAUUGUUAUUGACAAUGAAGAAUUGAAGAUACUAAUCCCUCAGUUGGGUAAACGAAUUAAAUUAAAAACCAAGUUGCUCGAACAUCAGACAGUUGCUCAAACCUAUGAAGAACCCAUUGAUUGGCAAUUAGACACAGAAAGUACCUCGGAAAGUACCCAAUCAAAUAAAAUAUUAAUUUUGGAUUUAAAUAACCAGCCUCAACCAGAGUCACAUGAUUACACAGUUGUACCAGUUUAUUCAUCUACUCCCUCUCAUUCAAGGCUUUCCUCUCAAGAGGAUUUGUCCUCAGCAAUUAAUGAAUGUGUAUCAAAUUUAAAUUUGCAUGAAUUAUUAGAAAAAAGUACUACAGGAAAAGCCAUAAAGGAGCUAUACAAUAUUAAAAAAACUUUAAAUAGUAAAUGUCAAUCAUAUUUGGUAGAAAUCAUUGUUCAGCACUUUAUGAAUGCUGAGCCAUUCAGAAGAUUAAGUAAUCAAGAUUUUCGAAUUUUAUCGCAAAAAAUUGUAAGUGAAUUUCCAAAUGAACUACCUCAAGUAUAUUUUGCUUCUCCAAUAAAGAAAAGGAAUUCGCGAGAAAAGAAAAGUGGUAUAGCUCGAGGCAAAUUGGUGGACAAAUACAGGAAUAGACUAACAUUUUUAAGAGAAGCUGGUAUUUUAUCUUCAUCUAGAAGACCAUCUGAAAGUAAUGAAAAUUUUUUGCAAAACGUUACUUCAGACAGUAUUGAUGACGAUGACGAGAACAAGAAAAAUAUUAUUUGGCUAAGAAAUAAUCAAGUGCCAUGGAGUGAUGUGGUUGAGAAAUGGACUAGCACUUAUGAGUACCGACAAGGGUUGCUUAGACAAGAAGAUCUGGACUUCAAGGAUAUUUUAGGGUUGUUCCCAAUCAUACAAAACCCAUUAGGGCACCAUUUAAUAGAUUUUGAUUUUAAAAAAAAAUAUCCCAAGCAGUACCAAGCCCUCUAUAACAAUUUUGAAAUAGUAUUCUCUAAACUACUACAGUUGAAGAAAAAAAACCUAAACCAGAGCGACACUCUACUGGUAGAAAUUAUUAAAUCUGAGAAUAUAGAUGUUGAAUCUCGUCAUUAUUUAAUGCUUAGUUUAUUAGCAGCACUACUGCCAACCAGAACAUAUAACAAAAAGGCAAAAAACACUUGGUAUCCAACUUCAACUGAAACUGUUAGUGGAAUAGUUGUUCAGAUAAAGAUUCCCGGAGACAUUGAAAAUAUAAUUGCCGAGAAGCGCAAGAAAUUGGAAAAAUAUGGUUUGCCAUUAUUACCAUUCAUCAUAAUUGAGGGUAUUUCAUACACUAACAUAAACAACAUUUACGUAAGCUAUAACAAUAUCUUGUAUCAUGUAGUUUCAGUUUUAAAAGCUGUUGAUGUUUGCUUUGAACUGAUUCAUACAUUUAAUUUAAAGUAUCCUUAUGAAUUAAUUCAUUCACAUAAUUGGGAAAAGUCUGAAAGGGACUAUUUUCCGCGUAAACGUCUUUGUCUCAAUUCUCAUUUUUUGAUGGACUCAGUGUCGGCAACUUCAGAAACUGCAGUAAAAACUCCUCGAGUCCUUUGGGACGGCGAAGGUUUCAUCGAAAUAAAACAUGAUUCCCAGUCGGCACUUUUAAACAAAGGACAGAGAUUCCUCUAA